AUGAGACCCCCAAAUUUUAUUACUAAUAACAUUCACAUUGUAUAUACAUCACGUUAUAUUUUUCUCACAAUUUUCGCACAUGCUAACAUACACACAAUUUCUGUCCUUUCUCUUUCAAAAGUCAAAGUCUUGUUUUGUGUUGUCUUUAUACCUAGAGUCUUAGCCCAUACAUUACUAUUCCCCAAAAAAACCACAGCUUUUGUUACUAAAGUUUUAUCUAAUAGAGUCAAAAGGUCCAACUUGAGUGUCUUACCUUUCAUGUUUCCUUGUGUAUAUCAUCAUCACCUUCAAACUAUUACAAGUGCACCCAUCUUCGUCACAACACAAACAUUAUAA